AUAAAAAAAAGUAGUGGCAGAGAGUGGUUGUCCUUUUCAGGCAGAAAAUCCAAAAAAGAAAAGAAAAGACUUAAAUCCUAAAAUAUUUUCUCUGUGCUGCUGUGGUCUCAUGUAGGGAUGUGGAGCAUCCUGUGUAGACAACCAAACGUUAAUUAGUUACAGCAAAUUUCAGUUGAUUUAAUUGCUUGUGCCGCUCUUUGAGUAUUUAAAGGUGUUUUGGUAAAGCCCCAACAAAAGUAUAUGCUUAAAGACUCUAUUUUUAGCUGACCAUUUUUCUUGAUUUGGCUGAAUGAUUGACAAUCAAGAAGCAUAAGUUGAAGAAUUUCUUCAUAAGCUUUUGGUGCUUCUUCACAUGGAGGAAUCUUGGAUUGGUACAAGGUAGUUCAAGUGGGUAUCACCUUUUACCUUUUCUUUUUGUUGAAUUUGGUGGAUUCUUGCUGUAACUUGUCUUUUCUUUAUCACCUUAUUUUGGUACUAUAUUUAUUCUGGAUAAAGGUGAGACCUUUUGGAGUUUUUGUCUGGUUUUCAAUUUUUUGUUGUUACAUUUCAGACUCUUGAUUCUUGAUUCUUCUAGGCUUUUACUAAUAACAUAGGGGAGUUUUUCCAUCCCCAAUUUUGAUAUCUUCUUGUUGAUUAUUAAGAAUCAAUACAAAAGAUAGCUAGAGAAACUGAAAUUCAAAGAGGAUAUAGAGAGAUGUCUUCUAGUUCUACUACAAACAGGACGAAUUGCUCAAGGGGCAGUUCAGCUAGAUCUAGGCAUGGUGCUAGAGUUAUUGCUCAGACUUCAGUUGAUGCAAAGCUCCAUGUGGAGUUUGAGGAGUCUGAGCAACAGUUUGAUUACUCUAGUUCAGUUAACUUGUCUAAUUCCACUAGCAAUCUUCCAUCUUCAACUGUAUCUAAUUAUCUCCAGAAAAUGCAAAGGGGAAGUCUAAUUCAGCCGUUUGGAUGUAUGAUUGCUAUCGAUGAGCACAACUUUGCUGUCAUAGCGUAUAGCGAAAAUGCACCAGAAAUGUUGGACUUGACACCUCAUGCCGUUCCAAGCAUCGAACAGCAAGAGGCUCUGACAUUUGGAACUGAUGUCAGGAAACUGUUUCGAUCUUCAGGUGCUUCUGCCCUUGAAAAAGCAGCCAGCUUUGGAGAACUUAGUUUGCUAAAUCCUAUUUUGGUUCAUUGUAAAAACUCAGGGAAGCCUUUCUAUGCGAUUCUGCACCGCAUUGAUGUUGGAUUAGUAAUAGAGUUGGAGCCUGUGGAUCCAGAUGAGGUCCCUGUAACUACAGCAGGAGCUAUAAAAUCUUAUAAGCUAGCAGCUAAAGCCAUUGGAAAAUUGCAAUCUCUGCCAAGCGGGGAUAUAUCAUUGUUAUGUGAUGUAUUAGUUAGAGAAGUGAGUCAUUUGACAGGCUAUGAUCGUGUUAUGGUUUAUAAAUUCCACGAGGAUGAACACGGGGAAGUAGUUGCUGAAUGUCGUAUGCCUGAACUAGAACCUUAUCUUGGCUUGCAUUACCCUGCUACAGAUAUACCACAAGCUUCAAGAUUUCUCUUCAUGAAGAAUAAGGUUAGGAUGAUAUGUGAUUGCUUAGCUCCACCAAUUAGGGUGAUUCAAGACCCAAGAUUGGCUCAGUCGUUGAGCCUUGGUGGAUCCACAUUAAGAGCUCCCCAUGGCUGUCAUGCACAAUACAUGACCAAUAUGGGUACUGUUGCAUCUAUGGCGAUGUCUGUGAUGAUUAGUGAGCAAGAUGAUGAGUUGGAUAGUGACCAGCAAGUGGAAAGAAAACUGUGGGGUUUGGUAGUUUGCCAUCACAGUUGCCCUAGAUUUCUUUCUUUUCCUUUGAGGUACGCGUGUGAGUUCUUGCUACAAGUUUUCAGUGUUCAGAUCAAUAAAGAAGUGGAAAUGGCAGCUCAACUUAAGGAAAAGCAGAUACUGCAAACUCAAACUGUUCUGUGUGACAUGCUUCUAAGAGAUGCUCCCAUGGGGAUUGUUACUCAGUCUCCUAAUGUUAUGGACCUUGUAAAGUGUGACGGGGCUGCACUUUAUUAUAGGAACAAACUUUGGUUGCAUGGUGUUACCCCUACGGAGUCCCAAAUCAGAGAUAUAGCUGAAUGGCUUAAUGAAUCUCAUGGUGAUAGUACAGGUUUAAACACUGAUAGCCUCAUGGAAGCUGGCUACCCAGGUGCUUCUGUGCUCGGUAAUGCGGUAUGUGGAAUGGCUGCUAUAAAAAUAACUUCAAAAGAUUUCCUCUUCUGGUUCCGCUCCCACACAGCUAAAGAGAUCAAGUGGGGUGGUGCAAAACAUCUUCCUGGAGACAAGGAUGACGGAAGAAAAAUGCACCCAAGGUCAUCAUUUAAAGCCUUUCUGGAGGUUGUUAAGCGGCGGAGCCUGCCUUGGGAAGAUGUGGAAAUGGAUGCCAUCCAUUCCCUGCAGCUGAUAUUGCGAGGAUCUUUGCAAGAUGAGGCUGCUGAUUGUUGUAAAAUGAUUGUGAAUGUCCCUGCUGUAAAUACCAGUAUAGAUAGAGUGGAUGAACUUCAUAUUGUCACAAACGGAAUGGUUCGUCUCAUUGAGACAGCAUCAUUACCCAUUUUGGCUGUUGAUGCUUCAGGCCGUAUCAAUGGAUGGAACUCUAAAGUUUCUGAAUUAACUGGAUUGCCGGUAGAGAAUGCUAUAGGUGUACCUUUGGUUGAUUUGGUUAUUGAUGGUACAACAAACACAAUUAAAGGUGUUCUCUCCCUGGCUUUGCAAGGCAAGGAGGAGAAAAAUGUAGAAAUCAAACUUAGAACACUUGGUCCUCAAGAAAAGGUCGGGUCAAUUACAAUAGUGGCUAAUGCCUGCUGUAGUCGAGAUGUUAGACAAAACAUUGUUGGAGUUUGCUUUAUUGGAAAAGAUGUUACUGGGCUAAAGCUGAUUAAGGACAAAUAUAGUCGCAUUCAAGGUGAUUAUGUUGGAAUUAUCCGCAGUCCAUCUCCUUUAAUUCCUCCAAUUUUUGUGAUGGAUGAACAUGGAAGAUGUGUGGAAUGGAAUGAUGCUAUGCACAAGUUUACUGGGUCGAAGAGGGAGGAGGUCAUUGAUCAAAUGCUUCUUGGUGAAGUUUUCACAGUCAAUAGCUUCGGUUGCAGGGUUAAAGAUCAAGACACAUUGACCCAGCUCACAAUAUUAUUGAAUAGAGUAAUUGCUGGUGGGGAAGGUGAGAAGUUGUUUUUCGGGUUAUUUAAUAAACAGGGUAAGUAUAUUGAAGCCUUAAUCUCUGCAAAUAAAAGGGUUGAUGACAAUGGUCGGGUAACUGGGGUCUUGUGCUUCCUGCAUGUUCCUAGUCCAGAACUUCAAUAUGCAAUGCAUGUGCAAAAGCUGUCAGAACAAGCUGCUAAAAAUAGUCUUAAAAAGUUGGCUUAUGUUCGACUUGAACUAAAAAACCCUUUAAAUGGAAUAAACUGCAUACAGAAUCUGCUGAAAUCUUCUGAUUUAAGCAAAGAUCAAAGGCAAUUGCUGAAGACAAGCACAAUGUGUCAAGAACAACUAGCCAAGAUCAUUGAUGACACUGAUAUUGAGAGUAUUGAGGAAUGCUAUAUGGAAAUGAACUCUUGUGAGUUCAAUCUUGGAGAAGUUGUUACAGUGGUCAUUAAUCAAGUUAUGAUUCUUAGUCAGGAGCGCAAGGUUCAGGUCACAUGGGACUCGCCUGUCGAAGUAUCACAGCUGUACCUGAUUGGUGACAAUUUGAGGCUUCAACAAGUCCUUUCUGACUUUUUGACCACAGCUAUCCUCUUUACUCCCUUUGAAGACUCCUCUGUGCAUUUCAGAGUAAUUCCAAGGAAGGAACGUAUAGGGACGAAGAUGUACGUCAUGCAUCUUGAAUUUCGGAUCACUCAUCCAUCCCCAGGGAUACCUGACGAGCUAAUUCAACAUAUGUUCCACUACAGUCAGAGCAUAUCAAGGGAAGGUCUUGCCCUAUACAUCAGCCAGAAACUUGUUAAAAUCAUGGAUGGCACCGUCCAGUAUCUUCGUGAGGCGGAGAGAUCCUCAUUCAUUAUAUUAGUUGAAUUUCCGCUGGUGGAGAAGAACAACAACUAAUAAUUCCAGACAUAAGUGUUCCUGACUAUCCUGCUGCAGACAACAUAUUUUUACAUGGCCAAGUGUACUUUACCUGACUAUUUCUAAUGGCUCUUCAUAGUUUACCUAGCGAAGACUGCUGAUAUCUUUGCUCCAUCACUGGAAAAAGGCUAAUUUCAGAGAAUCAGCUGCUCGACCAGGCACGUGGCGUUGUUAUUUGAAUGGAUUGUAUGUUUACCCAUUGGAGUGGUGGUAUGCCAUCUAAUGUAGAGGCUGCAACAUCAGUGUCAACAGUUGCUUUUCGAGGCCAGAGGGUCGUUGCUGCUUCUUCUACCUAACAGCGUGGGGCGCGGGCAUCUUCAUAGCCAUUUAGGCAUGUUGUUAUUUCAGCAUAACUUAGCUAUCAACUGACAUAAUGUACAGCAACUAUUAAGAAGAACAACCUUUCAACAUAUCACUCUACUACUUCGAAGUAAAAUCCACAUAAUCUUAAUGUCAAUCUUGUAUUGUUUCAUCUUCCCAUCUUUAUUGCAAUAUUAACCUUUGAUAAUGUCAAUGUACAUGUAAUCAAUCAACAAUUUAUUUUCCUAAUAAAAUAUACCCAACCUUUUCAUUCA